GUCGAUCGAGCUGUCAUACGUCAUCGGGAGGAAUCGUCGUUUCGAGCGCGCAUGAAAAACUCACCUCGGUCACGCAAUUUUUCCCGCGCGGCUUUGUCGCGACGCGCACACUUGUCUUUUUUCCUAUUCCCCUUUCCCCCCUCUCUCUCUCCUCUCUCCCCCUCUCUCUCUUUUACCCCUUUCUUCUUUCGUGUUAGCCUCUCCGUCGCGAGAAAGCGGGUAGCCCCGAGCACAACCACCUGUGUCGUCGUCAUCGUCGUCGCCGAAGAGAACGAACAGCCGUGAGAGGAGCUCGCGAGCAAAACUCGCCGCUCACUUCAGUCCCAUUCGCGCCGUAGAACGCGCGACCAUUACGCGCGGAAAACGCGACUGCGUAAAAUCGGUUCUCGUGCGCGAGACCACAUCGUGACGAUUAAUCUCAAGGAUUCAAGGUCGCCCGGACUUUUUCUCCUUCCUGCUUUUUCCCCGCCCGGUUUCCACAACGCUCUCCGGGGGAUGUAAAUUCGACUCGAGCCCGGCCACCGACGAGCAGCCAGCAGAAUCGGUGGGGAUCAUCGAGAUCGCAGAUACGAGGGGGGAAGAUCUUCUCAAUGGCGAUUGCGACGGGGAACAUGCUCGAAAUUCCGAAGGCACCUUCGACGGACCGUGUUGAGAGUUCGGCGUAUUCGACGGGAUUCGUCGUCGUCUAACGUCGUCCGGCCAAAUCGAGUCGACGGACCGGAGCGUAAUUCUGCCCGUGACACCCCAAGCAAAAAAGAUGUAAUUUAAUUUUCAUCGUACUUUCGACGUGCGCGCAGCGUGACGUGAAUAAGAGGACGCCAUCGGGCCGCAAAUCGAGGCGAUCGUUGACAUCGGAGGGGUCCGAAGCGUAAAAUGCGGCACGUCCUGCUCUGAGGAAGAUGCUCGUGGAUGACUGUGGAAGCGGACUGGGGUGGACUACGGCUAGCGUGCGCGGGGGUUGGUCCACCCCGGGAGGAUGCAGAAACUCAGCCAUGAGCUUUGGUGGCAGCGUGCCGUCGUUGCACCCGACCGGUUCGAUAAGAUCGUUGCGCUCGCAACAUUCUAUGCAGGCUCCGCCCGAGACACCGCGAAGAUGUAUACAUUGUCAUCCGGUACAUGUCCCCAGCACCCCCAAUAAUUACAUGCAACACCCUAUGCAGUACUACACGCCGGCUCAUUGUAUGGAGGGUCAGAAUGGCACGUAUACGCCGCACCGUGGGAGUUCAUAUCACGGCGACACCCGUCUGCGUUACAUGGACGCCGACGAAAGUAUGGGCGGUAAUACGAACUGGGUUCUCGGCGACCUACGCAGUCUGCAUCGUUGCGUGCCCGCUCUCCGUCGCACAGGCAUAGACGUCGCCGGUAUGCGAACGCAUUUCUAUCCGGAGGGCGGAUGGGGCUGGUUGGUGUGCGCAGCCGGUUUCCUCGCCCUGUUGCUUACCACCGGGAUGCAGCUUGCAUUCGGACUGCUUCGCCUUUACGCCAUGCGACAUCUCGGCGAACUGCACCUGAUGGACAUAGUGUGGGCAGGAGCGUUGAGCGCCGCGGUUUCCCGCGGCUCGGCGCCGCUGGUUGUCGGCGCGUGUCGUCGCGGCAACACAAGGCUGACGGCGGUGAUCGGCGGCCUCGUGCUCGCCCUGGCCUCGCUCUUCACCUCCUUCGCCCUCCAGAUGCAUCAAGUGCUCCUUAGCUACGGGCUGGUACUGGGCACUGGGGCCGGCCUCGUGAGGGAAACCGCCAGUCUGGUGUUGGGCAAUUACUUCAGAAAGCGGCGGGAGUUCGUCGAGAUGGUGGUGCAGGCCGGCACCGGCGUGGGAAUUGCGCUCUUCAGCGUCUUCUACAAGGAGGCCGUCGGGAAGCUGGGUUGGAGGCUGGGGCUUCAAUCGGUAACUGGAGCACUCUCGUUGGCCUUCUUCCUGGGGCUGAUUUACCGGAGUGCCUCGCUGUACCAUCCGCAACGGCGCGCCAUAUUACAUCUGAAGAAUCAGCGCGGUAAAGUGAAGGAGAAGAAGUCCGCGAACAAGGUACCGAAGCAGCCGCUGUUCGACCUGAGUCCUAUGGGAUCGCGUCCUGUGAGGAUGCUCAUGCUGGCCGCUGGCGCUGCCGGUUUCGGUCUCUACACCCCUGCCUUCUAUAUCGCAGUGCAAGGCUACCAGGACGGGCUCGAGGCCAGCGCGUUGGUGUUGCUGCAGACCUGUCUGGGCUUGGCGGCGGCUCUGGGAUGCGCGGCAUGGGGGGUAGUUACCGCCAGACCUUCCGCUCAGUGCCUCGUGUCCAGGCAAUAUCUCUGCCAAGCGGCGCUCAUCGGAGUCGCCAUAGCUCAAGUGGCGCUUGGUAGCGUACAAGGAUAUCAUGGACUUGUACUGGCCUCCGGGCUUUACGGCGCUUCUCUCGGCGGCGCGCUCUACUCCCUCAAGAUGUUGGCUCUGGAAAGACUGCGGGCCAGACACUUCGCCAGGUCGUGGGCUCUGGUACAAGCUGCGGAAGCUCUACCGAUUCUACUCGGAGUUCCUCUCACAGGUUACAUGAACGAGAGCAGCCCGCGGGUGGGCUACUACGCGUGCACCCUGAGUUCCUUGUGCGGCGCUGCCCUGCUCUUCCUGGUCGGCUGGGGCCGGCAACCGGCAUCGCCGAUUCUACCGGGGCCGCGGCUCUCCAGCCUCGGCGUGGUGCCGCCGCCGUGCGCCUGUCCGCCACCGCCGCGGCCCCGGCUCCCCAAGUCGCAGUCCUUGCACGUGCCGUUGGACGUGGUGGAGGACAAUAUGCGCGAGCGGGACUUCGAGCGGGUGCACGACGUCGAGCACUACUACCACCCCCACCAUCAGUUCCACGCGCCCCUCAGGCCCAGCAAGAGCGUGCCGGAGGGCCUCGGCCAUCAGGACCCGUAUCGGAGCCGAGCGCGCCGGCACCGCGACAUCACCGUCAUCGAGCAGAUCACCACCAGCGUGUAGACGGUGCCCCGACCCCGCGACCCUCGCGAGUCAGGUCGACGGAAGUGCGCGGCCGGGCGAAGUUGCGGACUUUGUCGCGGCCAAAGUUUUCGUUAUUUCGCGGCAGCGACGGAGGGGGGCGUCGUCGCGUCGCUGCCAUUGGGAGCCCGCACGGAUUUCUCUCGGAACUCCGCGGAUAUCAAUUUUCCCGCGCGAUUUAUUUCCUCGCGGGCACGCUUCCUACGUGCGGUCUCUCUACGUGUUGUUGUUGCCAUUACGUCGCGCAUCGUCGCGCAGUUACAUCCUUUCCGGCGUCGCGCUUCCGUUUCCUUCCUGGUUCGCUUUUGUCAAGCGCCGUAUAUAGCCGUAAUCUUCCGGAAAAUUUAGGGUCGCUCUUUACGAAGGUUGGGGGACCAUUAGCGUAAAAGUGCGUUGUGCGCAGUUGCAGGCAUAAGCGGAAAGUAAAAUGGUGGCCGCGGAGAAGAAAGAAGAAAAGGAAUAAUGACGCGCAGGGCGUGAGGAGAAUACUCCGCGCGUCGUAAACCCAGAAAGAAUUAUAGACGGAGCAAUCCCUCUUCUAGAGGCGUCCCCAUACACAUUCCUUUCCUACUGUAAUAGCUGCUAGGAAACGAUCGACUACGCUGAGCAUCGGUAAUGAAGUUUGUAUUAGUCUACAUCGAGAAUAGAGAUCGAAUUAAAUCGUAUUGCGCGCGUCUAGCCAAGUAUUUAUCGUGUUGAGAUACGUUAGUUGAAGUAUUUACUGCCAUGCGGGAGAAGAGCGACCGGCUAAAUGCAACUGAACGACGAGGUCGGCCGCGAAACGAGCAAGUUUCGGCCGCCAGGUGCGACUAACGAUGGUUUUGUUCAUCUCGAACGUUUUAACGGCGGGAGAAACAAGACGCAGUUUCUCUGCGUCUCUUCUAAAAACUUAUUCGACGAUUCAUUUUAUCGACAAUAUUGCGUCGAAUAUUUAAGAAAGUGGGGCCGUUUAUAUAUACGAGGGCAGUCCGAUAAGUA